AUGAUUUUCAUUGGCUACUGUAGCCAAGCCAAGGCGUAUCGGUUCCUCGAUUUGGAGACUCGACGGGUGACUAUUAGCAGAGACGCUCACUUUCUGGAACUGGGAGCGGAGAUCCGUUCAGAAGGAGAUUGCGGCUCAAAGGAUGUUGAAGUCGUGAUCGGCCGAACCGAAGAGGAUUUGAUUCCGGAAGUGGUCCCGGAUGAGGAUGAAGAAGAUAACGAAGACGGCGAUGAAUCUUUCUAUUCCGGAUCAGAUGAGCAAAGCGAUUCAGCGGGAGAUACGGACGGUGAAGCCACAGGAGGAGAAGCUAGUGGCCUACGCCGAUCGCAACGAAGCACGCGGGGUGUUCUUCCGCAGCGGCUGAACGACUAUGCAGUAGGUGAGGUUAGCCUAGCUACCUACUGCAGUGAAUAA